UCCCGUCCGUUGCGGUUGUUUUCGUCGGGCAGAUGACGUUUGGUGCUAGUUGAAGCCUACCUUGUCAAAAUUACAACCACAGCUUUCGGGACCAGUGACACUUUUCUCUUUUAUUUCUGUUAACAUUUUAAAGGUUUAAACAUGAUGCAAUUCAUUCUUGGCUUCACUCUGGGAAACGUGGUUGGCAUGUACCUGGCACAGAAUUACGAGGUGCCCAACAUUUCAAAGAAAAUCGAGGCCUUUAAAAAGGACGUGGAAGCCAAGAAGAAACCUCCAGAGUGACGAAUCGAUGAGUCACGGCUGGAAAUAUGGCUCAUAUUGUCAUUGAACUGAAAAUAGAGUGGGUGUUCUGACAAUUUAUGCUACCCUAUCAAAUUUUGCUACCUCUAUACAAAACAGGACUAACCCCCAACCCAACCCUUACACCUAAAUUACCCCUCCCCCAACACGAGGGUAGCAAAAUUCGAUGGGUAGCAUAAAUCGACAGAACAGGGGCAUUUAGAAACCAGGAUAUACUCCAUGUUACUGCUGGAAAAAUCUAAAGAAGGACCCAAAAUGCACAGUAUAGUCUCAUUGUUACAGUGCCUCUAAUCCCCCUUUUGAAACUUUUGUUCUACUGCUACUUUUACAAUUUAACCCAAUACAGACGUGGAUUCUGUUACCUGAUGCAUAAUAUAUUUGAAUAUAAUUGUUUAAAGAACUUAAUUUUAUUGUACACAUCUGUUGAGUUAAAUUAGUAGUUAUAGUUAUGUUUGUAAGAUGUUUAAUAAAAUUGUUGGAAAAAGAAACUGCACGUGCACAGGAUCAGUUGAAACAUAUAUGACUGAAGUACUCUACAAGAACGUUUCAUUCUUAAAUAAGCAAUGUAGAAGUGAUCUUGCACAAAUAAAUGUGCCACUUUUACCUUAAA